AUAAGAAGACGAUCAAUCAACCGAAAUCUACAUAUAAUAUGACACACAUGAAUAAGAAACUAAGCAUCGGGACGGGACCGUUUUAGGUCAGUCUGUUAAAAAAUCAACCAAAAUGCAGUCAGUGAUUCUAAUUACUCUGAUGCUAUGUAAUGUGAUGGUGGUUCAAAGUCAGUUUGACCCUCACUGGUGGCCGGGUCGUAGUGGAAUAGUUCAGCUGUUCGAGUGGAAAUGGACUGAUAUUGCAGAUGAGUGUGAACGUUUUCUAGCCCCGACGGGCUUUGGGGGAAUUCAAAUUUCACCAGCUACAGAAAAUGCAGUGAUAUACAGUUCGUUUCGACCAUGGUGGGAGCGUUAUCAACCUGUGUCCUACUACUUGAACACUCGCUCUGGAAGUGAAGCGGAAUUCGCUCAAAUGGUACGUCGUUGCAAUGCAGUCGGCGUGAGGAUUUAUGCAGAUGUGGUAUUAAAUCAAAUGGCUGCUUCAAUUCAGUAUGGAGGAAGUGGUGGCUCGAUAGCAGAUUCAAGCAGUCUUACGUAUCCUGCGGUGCCGUACAACUCAUCAGAUUUCAACACGGCGUGUGAAAUUAAAGAAAAGAGCAAUCCUGUAGAAAAAAGAGACUGUCGCCUGAACAGCCUACCGGAUUUGAACCAACGAUCAGAAUGGGUACGUGAUAGAGUGGUGAACCUUUUGAAUAAGUUUAUUGUCUACGGAGUGGCUGGUUUUCAUGUGGAUGCUGCCAAGCACAUGUGGUCAGGUGAUCUGCAAAUUAUUUAUAGCAGACUUGCCAAUCUUGCGCAGGAUCACGGCUUUUCUGCAAAUGCUAGACCUUUCAUCAUACAAGACAUAGUGGACGUUAGUGACGAUGGAAUUUCGAAGUUCGAAUAUACACCUCUGGGGACAGUCACUGAGUACCGAUAUUCGGAUACAAUGGGACUCGUCUUCAGUGGACAUCAACGAUUGUCCACACUCAUCAACAUUGGACAACCGUUUGGAUUUCCAGCUUCAGAGAGAACUCUCGUUUUCGUAGAUAACCAUGUGAAACAAAGGAGCAAUUCGGAGAAAGGUCCCAUUUUAACCUACAAAGACGGAAAGCAUUACAUAAUGGCUGUGGCAUUUAUGCUAGCACAUCCUUAUGGGACACCCAGAGUCAUGAGUUCAUAUGCGUUCAAUAAUGGUGACCAUGGCCCCCCAGCGGAUUCUAAUGGAAAUAUUAUCUCCCCGACAGUCAAUUCAGAUGGCACCUGCGGUAACAACUGGAUCUGCGAGCAUCGUUUGAACGCUAUAGCAAAUAUGAUUGGCUUCAGAAAUACUGUCGCCGGAACCGAUGUUUCCUAUUGGGUUGACAACGGAGCAUAUCAGAUGGCGUUUUGUCGUGGAAAUCGGGGAUUUAUUGUAUUCAAUCUUGAACGAACAGAUUUGGACCAAACCAUGCAGACAUGUUUACCCUCGGGGGUAUACUGUGAUGUUAUCACCGGAACGAUAGGAACUGGUGGCACUUGUACGGGCUAUUCGAUCGAAGUAGAUGCGAACGGUUUGGCGAGAAUUUAUGUGGCUGCAUUUGGUGCCUUCAACGUUCUGGCAAUUCAUGCCAACUCAAAGGUACAGUAGAUUAUUGUGCAACCCGUAGCUAUUGAUACAUUCAACGUAAUUUAUAAUUUAUCUGAAUAAAAUUGAACUAUUAUAAAUAAAUGUUGAGAAUUA